AAGGUGACAUUCCUUCCCCUUGUCCUCUGUUCAAAUAACUGACAAUCACACCCCAAAUAAAUAAAUACCCUGUCAGCCCUGUCCUUACGUAAAAUUUAAGAAAAGGAAACCAUGCAACAGGUACGAGGCUAAGGUUUUGGUUCGGUUGUUUUUAUUAUAGAUGGAAUGGUUAGAGAGAAGGGGUAAGAAGGACGAAAUGAAAGAAAAGACAAGGCACUGGAGAUUGGAAUUGAUGAUUGGGAACAACCAGAGGAAAGAGCUUGGAUGCGACGACGACGUAUUGGCGUCACCGACGGGUGUGUUUGAGGUGGCUAUUUCGGGGGCGGAUUCGGACAGCACAGGGAGCAGCAACUGCAGCGGUUCUGGGUCUCCUAGGAUGGGCCCACAACGGGCUCAAGGGAGAGAUGGGCACACUCAGCAAUGGAAGGCAAUGAUCGAUGCUUUGAGGUUCAAGUCGGUGAGAAGAUUCUCGACCAUUCCUUUGCUUGCGGCUAGCUACGAGAUAUCUCGGAGAAGCCUUAGAAACAAGUUGGCUCGCAUUCGAACCGCUAACGAAGACGACGAUUUGGAUGCCGCUAUUGAUCUUGAUGGUAUUCCUACCAAGCCUUCUUGGAGGAACUUCACUUACGCUGAUCUUGCUGCUGCCACCGACGAUUUCAGCCCUCAGAACAUGAUUGGAAAAGGUGGUCAUGCUGAAGUCUACAAAGGACACUUACCUGAUGGUCAAGUUGUAGCAGUUAAGAGGCUAAUGAAGAACGAAAAGGAAGCAGAGGACAGAGCUGGUGAUUUCCUGUCAGAGCUUGGAAUCAUUGCUCACAUUAAUCACCCAAACGCAACACGCUUGAUUGGGUUUGGGAUCGACCAUGGCCUCUACUUUGUUCUACAAUUGGCCCCGCAUGGCAGCCUUGCCUCUUUGCUCUUUGGUUCUGAAUGCUUGGAGUGGAAGAUAAGGUUUAAAGUAGCUGUUGGGGUAGCAAAAGGAUUGCAAUAUCUUCAUCACGAUUGCCCAAGAAGAAUCAUUCACAGAGACAUCAAAGCUUCUAACAUAUUACUAAACCAAAAUGAUGAAGCUGAGAUUUCAGAUUUUGGAUUGGCAAAGUGGCUCCCAGAUAAGUGGGCCCAUCAUGUUGUCUACCCAAUAGAAGGCACAUUCGGGUAUUUGGCUCCAGAAUACUUCAUGCAUGGAAUUGUCGAUGAGAAGACUGAUGUUUUCGCAUUUGGGGUCUUAUUACUGGAGCUCAUAACAGGUCGUCGUGCAGUUGAUUCGAAUAGUAGAGAAAGUCUUGUGAUCUGGGCCAAACCACUGUUGGAUGCAAUGAGUGUCAAAGAAAUGGCAGACCCCAAAUUAGAAGAGAAAUAUGAUCCCACAGAAAUGAAGCGUGCCAUGGAAACGGCUUCAAUGUGUAUCCACCACAUGUCCUCUAAGCGGCCAUACAUGAAUCAGGUUAUGCAGCUACUGAAGGGAGAAGAGGUGGCUAUUGAACUCGACCAAAAAUCAAUAGCUCCAAGAUCGCUCCUGUUAGAUGCAUGUGACCUAGAAGAUUAUACUUGCUCUAAUUAUUUGAAUGACCUCAAUCGCCACAAGCAAUUAAUCAUGGAGUGAUGCAUUACUUGAGUUAUGUGCU